AAAAAAAAUUAUCGUUUUAUUUUGUGAUGGAAUGACUUGUCCAUAGGGAAAACAUCUCACUCUUGAAAGAAAGUCGUCAUUUUUCCACUAUGAUAUUUAUUUUCAAAAGGGUGGCUUCCUAUUCUUAACAUUCAUAAAGUUUACCUGAUGAUAGAGUUAUAUCACCAGCAUCAUUAAAGUUUUUGUUAUCUGACAUAAGAGAAUGGAGUUACAAGAUGUUCAUCCAAAUUUAUGUUUUGCAUUCUGUAAGAGAGUAAAUUUGAAAUAAUAAAUGUGCACGCACCUGUCAUGUCAGUUGAAAUUUGUCUGCGCGGGCUUACUUUGCGCAUGCGUCAUGAGAUGGCAACAAAAAUACCGAUGAGAUGAGGUAAUAUUUUCAUUUACGAUCAAAAUGGGUGGGAUAGAUAAUUAUUGUUCGAAACUGCAAUACAGCUCCUGCUCUCAUUGAUAUUAAUUAUACCAAUUAAAGAGCAGUUUAUUGAGCUCAUGAGGAAUUUUAUGGAUCUAUUAAUCGAUUGGAACGUUGGUAUAACGAAAUUGGUAAGCUAAGAUUCCAGAGCACGUUCAAUAUUCAUCUGUGAUUUGUAAUUAUCAAUACAGAGAUUAUGAAGAAAAAAAUGCAUUUAAAGUAUCUUAAGGCGAAGUACUUCAUGUUUGUGCUUUAUACUUCGUUUUCACUGUCUUACGAUCCUUUACGGAAGCUACGAUUGGCUUUCGUAACAGAUCGCAGAAAUGUUUAAACCAUUCAAAAAUGUUCUACUAUCGAUACGAUUGCCACGACUGAUCUGAUAUGAUGUGUUACGAUAUGAUAAGAUCACUACGAUCACUUCACGAUUAAGUACGCUGUUUGAAUCGUGGAGCAAAUGGUAAGAGUGGGAACUAGGCAUUAGUCAUUUCAAAGCGAACUAAACUUGAGACUUUACGAUUUUAUCGGAAAGGUGGAAUAUUUCCCCCAAAAAAUGUUUAAUAAUAAAGAAAUCUAUAAUGCACAAAAUACCCAUUGUAUUAAGGGUACUCAAGGCGCUUACAAUGAAAUUCACAUAACUAAACUCACAAUUUACAGUUUUCCAUUUUAAUAGAAAAGUUUUCAAACUAACCUUUAAAUGUUCAACGGAUCAACAUUUGAUUGAAAAAGCGACAUUAUCUAUUAUUUCAACAGGUUUAUCGACGUUAAACCUAUCAAAAAAUAUGUCUUAAAUAUCUCCGAUCGAGCAUAUGAAAUGAAAUAUUGACUAGUCUGAUUCCGAGGGGUCACUCUGCCACAUAGCGAACUAAAGCAGAAAUCGCUCAUAAUUCUCAAAACAAAAUUCAACCCAUUAGUUUGAACUUGAAUAAUAGAUAAAGAAAACUGGCAUUUUUCUCUUUCUGUUCGGUACAGGCACGAGAUGACUGUGCAAACAAUGUUGAGUUGUGUACACAAGUUCAGUGAGGGUAUAGUGGUGAUGGUUGGUGCAUCUAUACCUAAAAGACUACAGAUGGGACUAUAUGGCAGAGAAAGAGUAUAGUCAGUGUGACCGCCAGCUAGUGGUCUGCUUCGCUAUGAAUAACAUGCAUUGGUGCUGACACGAAGCAAAUAGAUACGUGUGGGUUUACCAAGGAUAAGCCCUCAGGUGAUUUUUUGGAAAAAGAUGGCGGGAACAUACUUGGUGAAUCUAUAUGUGAAUAUUUGAACUGAUAUAUGACUAUAGCAUUAUUUUUAUUGAGUCAUUUUUUGAAUAAUUAUUGUUGGGUUUAUUUUCGAUCCACAGACUUUAAGCGACGAGUUCUUUUGUUUUAUCGACGCUGUGCGCCAUUAUUUGCCGAUUUUCUGUUUUUGGAAUAACAGUUGUCAUGGAUUCGUAUUAUUGAUGAUAAUCUUUGUUAAACCAUGCCCGGGAAUUUGACUGAAUUACAGCGGCAUUUAAUCCAUGCUUUGUUUGAAUCGGGUUUGAGCCCUGAUGAUGUUUUAAGCGAGCUUUCGAACGAGAGCUUCCUCGCUCACGACGCCGAGCCACAGGGAUCAGCAGCUGAUGUGAAACACGCCGAGGCUUCAUCACCCGAUACCCUGCAGACUGCUGCCUGCCCUCAUUCCUCUUCCUCGCCAUCCUCCUCCUCAACGACAACACCUCCAACAUCAACAUCAUCUUCAUCUCAAGCUAUUCAUGAAGAUAAAUCAGAUGCAACAUUGUUGUCGUCUUCUUUGACGGCAAGUCAAGAGAAUCUAUCCGUACGGCAAACAGAUUUGAAUUCAGCGAACCGUGGACGGUGUCGUGAGAUCAUCAAGUUAGAAACAUUACCACGAACAAUAGACUCACACGCUUGUCUAUCUCUUCCCCCGGCCACUGUUACUUCUCCCCCACCUGAAAGGGUUCCUCAGACCAUAACUGAGGUUCACUUGAACGCUCUGGGCCAAGUCACCGUUUACCACGAGGUGGACCAAGGACCAGAGGACGAAGAACCAAGACCAGUUAUAGUCAAAUCGGAGGAGAGAGAAGUUUUAAGUGAAAAUUUGCAUCCGGUGGAAAUGCUUCAUUCGGGCGACGAACUCGUCAACGAUACCAUGGGCGAAGGCGACAACGAGAGCAACGGAACCAGUCUAUCCGACUACGGGGAUGGGGACGACAGUAUGGCGGAGUACAGCCCACAAGAUCCAAACCAACCCCAAUCUUAUAAACACGAAUUAUUACGCCAAGAUCCCUGGCAAGUGGCAAAGAUGAUCAAAAUGUAUAUGCAACAACAUAACAUCCCUCAGAGAGAAGUGGUAGAUGCCACGGGUCUCAACCAAUCACAUCUCUCGCAGCAUUUGAAUAAGGGAACGCCCAUGAAGGGCAUCAAGCGGGCUGCUCUUUAUAACUGGUUUGAUCAGAAACAAAGAGAAGUUACAAAACAAUUCACGAAUCCUGAGACUGGUCACUACUAUAACGUGCAGACUACAGAUGAAAAUCCCGCCAAAAGACAGCGAAGAAAUCGUUUUAAAUGGGGUCCAGCCUCCCAAAGGAUCCUCUAUCAUGCAUACAAUCAGAACAGAAACCCGAGCAAAGAAGAAAGGGAAAACCUUGUCAUACAGUGCAAUGCAGCGGAAUGUAUGCAGAGGGGCGUGUCACCAUCGCAGGUUGGGGGCCUGGGUUCGAAUCUCGUCACUGAGGUGAGGGUUUACAACUGGUUUGCUAAUCGACGAAAAGAAGAAGCUUUCAAGAACAAACUUGCCACGGAUGGGAUAAAUACAACAACCAGUGUCAGCUUCCAGCAACAAGAUACGAUUACGACCAACAGUGCUGAGAUGAUGAUAGGAGAUCUCAUCGGGCAAGCUACGGGGACACUUCAACCCACUAUCACGGUCGCCGCUCCUCAGAAUGGUCUACUGCAUCAAGCAAACUCUGUAUCGCUGGCACAGCUGCAAGCCAUGCAUGACAGCGUGGCGAUCGGGGUUGCCCAGGCGGCUGGAGCAGGCGGGAUGCAUAUGACCAUGUCCACGCAAGCAAUUGGGGGACUUAAGAAUGAAGGUCAUAGUCUGAGUACGAAGCUACCGUCAAUGGGCGGUUUAUCUCGAUCGGGCUACACUUCUCGUAAUCUCUUAACCGCUACGUCACAAAGCAACACGUCCUACGGAUACGCCAACGAUACCAAUAGUCAACAAAUCAACUAUAAUCAAACCAUGCCACAGCAAGGCCUACAUCAAGACGGCAAUUCUCGGCUGGGACAUCGCUCUCACCAACCCUCAACAACAAUGCAAGCUCUUCAGCAACAUCAACAACAAUCGACUUUGCAUCAGAUGAUGAGAAAUAAUCGGCAGCAGUUGCAACAACAGCAACAGCAACAUGUCUCGCAGAUGAACGAGAACACCACAUCUCGGGCACUGAGUCAGCUGCAAUCACAACACCUCCAGCAACAGCAGCAACAUCAACAGCAGCAACAACAGCAACAUCAUUCACAACAACAGCAUCAACUUCAGCAAUACAACAUCGACCCGGGCUUACUGCAACAAAUCUCACAAGUCAUUAAUUCUCAAACCCAACUUCAAAACGCCAGCCACCUUCAACUUGCCUCACCAACCCAGCAACAACAGCAGCAGCAACAACAACAACAACAUACCACAACUGUGGGCCAACAAAUCUUGCCUGAAUUCACCCUACCACUUAAUGCUAUCACCGCCAUCUCGUCGCAGAGCCCCUCCAAGCUGGAAACGAGUGAGCUCCAGAUGCUCGUCAUGGCGCAACCAGUCAAGGGUCAAGGGUCAGUGACCGGAAAUCACACCACCGCGGUCACUACAUCAGGAAGUGACAUUGGGUCAACGAACAUCAGUAUCAAACAGGUCACACCUUCAUCUUGUGCUAAUGAUUCUUCGAAUAGAUCAUCUGAAGAUCUUGAUUUACCAAGUCGUGUACUUGACUUCAGUAGCAGUAUUGCAGACAGUACGGUAACCAAUCAGCUUCAUACCAGUCAGAUCAAGGUCCACCGAAACACAAGACGAGACGAACAUACAACAUUGCCAACUAAUAAUGCCACACUCGAAGGAUACUCCGUGGCUACACGUGUAGUGCCUGUUACUGCGAACAUAUGAACUCCACACAUUCCAUUCUCAUUCCAAACACCGUGGCAAUUUAUAUUGUGAUUUAAAAACACAAUUUUUUAAAUUCAAGCUCACUACUUAGAUUUGCUUCUAGUGAGCGCAUUGUACGUCGCCGUGUGAAUCUGAGGUUCAUGAAGAAUGAUGGUAGAAUCGAAGGAGAAUCGUAUUUGAUGGAUGCAAAUAUAUUUAAUGUGGAAAUUCAAAAACAAUCGUCGACUUAAGUGUAUAGCACUACUGAUUUUAAUUCUAACGUUUCAAAGAAUUACAGAAUGAUGAUAAAUGACAGAUUGGAAUAAUGAACACCAAAAAGUCGAACAUAAAUUUUGGGUUUUUCAUCAGAAGGCUUGGGAGCAAAGAACAGUUUAACUGAAAACUUUUAUUAUUUAACGAAGAAACCGAAGGGAAAUGAUGGCGAUAUAUAAAUAACGAUACUGAAUGAAAUGUUGAAGGGGUUUUUCAGGAUAAAUUGAUUCAUCUUUUAUCAGGAAUGGAUCCGUCAUUGAUUGCUGAUCUGUUGGAGUUGAUUCCAUGUUGGAUUAGAUAGCGUUUUCAUUGUCGAACUAUCAUAAUGGAUAUGGAUUUAAGAUGAACAGCUAAUGAAGCAAGCGAAUUAAUUCAAACCCUUUGUGGAAAUCAUGAUAAUAGACUGCAUGUAAACAGUUUAAUGAAUCACAAUGGAUAAUUUUGAAUAGUCUAAUUGGGAUUUAUACACAUAAGGAUUCGAGAAGUGAUUUUUAAGACUUAUCAUACAUUGGUUGAUGAAUAACAUUGCCACCGACAUAGCAAGGAUAUAUUUCGAACUCAUUAACUGUUAUGAUAUGGACUCGACUGAAGUGAAAAUAAAGCAGAUCAGGAAAUGAUGAUUACGAGGUUACACAUUCAAACGAUAUAGGUUAUGAUAUGACAACGAGGUUAUACAUUCAAACGAUAUAGGUUAUGAUAUAUGAUCAUCGAGGUUACACAUUCAAACGAAAUAGGUCAUAAUCUGAUCACGAGAUUAUACAUUCAAACGAAAUGGCUAUGAUAAUGAUCACGAGGUUUUAUACGAAUGAUAAAGAUUAUGCUAUGACCACGAUGUUUUAUACGAAUGAUAUAGGUUAUGCUAUGAUCACGAGGUUUUCUACGAAUGGUAUAGGUUAUGCUAUGACCACGAGGUUACACAUUAGAACGAUAUAGGUUAUGAUAAUGAUCACGAGUUUACACAUUCAAACGAAAUAGGCUAUGAUAAUGAUCACGAGGUUAUAUAUACGAAUGAUAUAGGUUAUGCUAUGAUCACGAACGUAUACAUAAAAAUGAUAUACGUUAUGAUAAUGGUCAGAAGGUUAUAUAUACGAGCGAUACAGGUUAUUAUAUGAUCACGAGGUAAAACGUAGGACACGAUAUGAUAACAAGGUCACACGUACGAACGAUAUAGGUGUGUUAUGAUCACGAGGUCUUACGAACGGCAUCAAUAACAUUUGAGAUUUGUAUAAUACAAUGAUAUAAACAGAUUAUAGAGAUAAACUAGAAACGAUUGUUCUUUCUAUUAUUUGUAUUGAUGAAUUUAGUUUUAAAUGACAGACGGAACAAUGUAAAGUAAUAUACCAAAUGUCAAAUAUUUACAGAACAUUGCCAUAUUUAUCACAAUCGAACUAAUUGACGAAAAUACAUUGCCUAUGGAUUUGUAAAAUGCAUCUUGUUGUAAGAUUAUUACAUUGUUAUGGUUUUAAGACACUUUGCUGUCACUAUCCAUGAUGUUUCUGAUUGAGAAAGCCAAUCUCCUAAGUUUCCUUCAUUCAAGGUGCUUGCAAAGCUCGAUAUUAUGUACCAAUCAUUUUUUUAUCAAACCAAAGAAAGAAAACAAUUAUACCAAAGAAGUAUGGCAAAGUAAUUUCCUGUGAAAUGUCGAUUGUAUUUAAUACCAGUUUAUGAUUUCAUUAUAUUUAAUUACAGAAAACAAUAAACCAAAGUGAUUGAUACGGCAUGACAACAAUCAUACUCGAAAAAGGUCUAUUGUAUUUCCAUUUAAUAUUUUAUGUUGUUGUUUGUUUUAGGCGUUCAUUUGUAUUUACGCCUGGGUAAUUUUCUUCAUAUGAAUUUAUAAUGUUUUAAUCAGUGUAUUCAUUGUGUUCAUCAAUUUCUAUCAUUUUCAAUUCAAGCAAACCGUUUUCAGUAUAUGUAUGGUGAUGAAGCCUUUGUAAAAUAUUUAACAAAACCUUGCCAGUAUUUUUCGUAGCGGUACAAAAUAUUAAAUAGUAAAACUUGCACAGUAGGCCUACAUUUACGAUUCAAAUUUUGUCUUACAAUAUAGAGUAAUUGAUCAUGGAUGUUAGUUCCGUUCGUUUGAAUACCUAGAUAAAAUCAUCUAUGAUGAUAAAUGUAUAUUACGCGAUAUACUGCUAACAUGAUUGAUUUCGAAGUAUAAUAAGAAUUCGAUACCAAAUUCAUAAGAAAAAGGCAUAAGUUCUUAAAGUAAGUAUAAAAGAAAACAGAAUUAAGAAUAAAACGUAAGAAAAUGACAAGUGGAAUAAGUAAACAAAAAUAAAAUGAAUAAAUGAAAACAAUAUUCAGAGCAGAAGAAACAAAAAAAUACUAGUACAUUCCAAUGAAAAAAUGUGCAAUGGAUUUUUUGUCAACGUUACUUUAGCCGUCACAUGACAAGAAUGGAAGCCGAGCAAAUGAAAUAAGGCAAAUAUGACAGUUCUCAUAGGUUGUGCUGCCACAAUUACUAGUAAAGACUAUAUCCAAACCAUUUUGAGGGUCAAUAUUUGCUAACGCUUUGGUGGAUAAAACUCAGUGUUGUAUUUGUAAGGGUUUAGAGGAAAUAGAAGUGGUUUGCGUUCUUGGAGAUAAUGUGUGUUUGGUGUAGUAUACUGUAGUGAACACAAACCUAAAUAUAAUCAUUAGUAUAAGUAAUACCCUAAAAUAAAUUUCAUAUUGAGGUUUUGGCAGGUGCUAAUCUGAGGAGGAAGGAGGGGGGUCAUGGGAAUUACCUUUAUUUUUAUAAGCCUUGCUGACUCAAAUCUUUAGUUAAAAUCAAGUAUGGACUACAACUUUGAGCAAGUUGUUUAAGCCCGUCACUCGAACAAGUUGUUUAAAAUCUUAAACAAUUGUUGAAACUUUUGUUUUAAAUUUCUAAAACUUUCUUUUAAAUAUCUUGUUUCAAACUUUAAACAACUUGUUAAAAACUUUGAUAGAGUAACUUUCUGAUUCUAUUGGAAAUCAAUUCCUAUUAACAAGAUAUUGAAAUUCUUACUUUAAUUUUUAUAAUGAAUAUUGUAUCUCAUGUUACAGACCAAAGACGCCUUUGUUGUGUAAAUGUACUUUCUUGGCGAUAUAAGAACUAUCCAGACUGUAAACUAUCUGUUCUGUGAAUAUACUGAACAUGUGCUUAUCAUGUGAAUGAAAUUACAUUUUCUGUAAUAGAAUGAUUUUUAAAUAUAAGUGGAACGUGAUUUUUGUGUAUAUAUUGGAUGAUCAUGUCAGAAUCUUAAAAAUGUUAUCCUUAAUAUGGGACUGCGAUGUUUGUAAAUAGGUGUAGAUAUUAUAUUUAUGAAAUAGCGUUUUGACGCAUGUGCUUUGUUAUGUUUGAAUGUGAUCGUGCUAAAACGAUGAAAUUACAGUUAGUCGUGUGCGUACGUAUGACAAACCACAACUUUCCUUUUCUUUAUUGAUGUAAUCGUUGGGGUUUUGAGUUUAAAUUUUCAUAGACGAAGUCAACAUUUUUAUUGAAAGGUUGAAGAAGUAACAAUAUUUUCUAAAUGUUGCAAUUACCACUUUAUUGUUCGAUCGACCAAACGCUUAAAAUCAGCUUUAUGCAACAAGAUUAGACAUAACAUCAACUUUGAAAAAGAUUGUCACUCCUUUAACUUUUAAUUUUUUAGAGUAAAGUAUCAUGUUCACCCUUUUUCAUUGACCAACCCGUUUCCCCCGUUCAUAAUAAGUUCCUUAUUUUCAAGAUUCAGUUUUAAUAAGUUCCCAUUUCUAGUUAAAUUACAGUUCUCAGGUACCCUCAUUUGCACAGGGUCGUCUAGUUCUUCAGCCCCUCAUUUUAUAGCAACUUCAGUGGCCCGUAACACAAAGCUCAGUAAUGAUCGUAGAACAUUUUCUACGAUUGAUUCCAUUGAAAACAGUGUACUAUCAAUCAUGAAAAUCAAGCGUACAACUAAUUGCUAACCUUUGUGUUACGGGACCCAGUUCUUAGGGGCUGCCCACCCCUAUAUCCUUUUCAAAUCAGAGUGCUCUCCCCUGGGGUAUAUAUAGUGGCAUAUCUUUGAAGGGAGAGGAGGGGGGGGGAAGAAGGGCACAUGUCUCGGUUUCUACCUCCAAGGGAAGGGCGGAAAGAAAUUGACCCUCUCCCCCC